AUGCGCCGGUACCAGAGUCGGCAUGGGCGAAGGAGACUCUUCCGUGAACGCAGGCGUCUCGACCCGUUCUUCGCAACGCUACUCUGCCUCCUCUCUCUUCGACUCAGCGACCCAUUGGUGACAGCGUCGUUCACGGCAGGGCGAAGAUACUUGAAUCCAGAACCUCGAACAUCACUGGCUGAGGUGGAUCAGCAGAUGGCUCCACAAUUUGAAAAUCUCAACAAAUCUUUGAUUGAAUUGCUGGAGACUCUUGCUGCAAAAAUACAUGGCAUGAUCUGUGAAUUCUUUUGCGUAAUAGUUAGUUCAGAGAAAGGUACUUCCAAGAACAAAGAAACGGACGAUCCGGUUCACGAAAAAGCUGUGCUCGAAAACCUGAUGGAUUUGUUGUUAACGAAGAAGAUGUGCUCGAUUAACUUUCUCUUUCCCAAAUUGCCAAAAACCUGA